CUCUAUCGGUGAAGACGCCGGCAACUGCAGCUCGUGGUUGAAGGGAGAGUGUCGAGUGAUUCAGACGAGCCAGUCGGAGCCACGCACACUAUAUCGGCGCUGAUUGUAGUGAGCGGUGCAAGGUAGAGUAGUGGAGCGGUGCGGCCGGACAGUAAUAAGGAUUUCUUGACUGACAGUACACAAUAUCAUUAAAAUCACACAUGAAAAGUGUCUGAAUUUUAGUGCUUAUGGCUUCAGAAACUUAGAAUAAUCCAAUGAGUUACAGCUGAACGAAAGUGGUUGUGGUCAGACUUUUUUACGAUGUGUACCGCGAUGGACUCUCCGCCUUGCAACGCCGAGACCCAGGAGGACAUUCUGGCCAAGAUUGACUCCAGGAAGAGCAAUAAACCUCUCAUGGAAAAGAAGAGGCGCCAGAGGAUCAACCGGUGCCUGAAUGACCUCAAGUCGCUAGUGCUGGAAGGGAUGAAGAAAGAUCCGUCGCGCUACAGUAAGCUGGAGAAGGCUGAUAUUCUCGAGAUGACGGUGAGGCACGUGCAGACUCUCCACCGCCACGAGGGAGUGGGCUGCAGGAUUGGGGGAGGGGGACGGUUGCUGGGCAAUGGGAGGGCUGUUGGUGGCGACGGGAGGACCAAAUACCGAGCAGGCUUCAUCCACUGUGCUGUAGAAGUGACGCGCUACUUGGCAGGCCUGAGCGGGGUGCCCCACGAUCUGCACCACAGACUUAUCUCUCACCUUAACACCGUCACGGCCUCCCUCACGUGUGUUCCCGGCAUGGGGCAGCUCCCUGGGGCCAGCGUGGCAGUGGGUGGGGGCGUAGUGACCGUCGCUCCUCCUACCUCACGCCCUGAUCCCUCAUCUGUAGCUACUGCCACAGACGCCAGCAGCUCAAUCCCUCACACCCCUGGGAGCCCCUUCGCCGUACCUUCCAAAAAUUCUCCUUCCGCGCUUCUGUCAGGGUCUGGUAUCCCAGACACCCUUAACACCACCGUCACCACCAGCAUCUCGACCAGCACCAAUGUAGCCCUCGAUCCUACAAGACUGGAGCCACAGCAAAUGGUUCAGGUCCUGCCUUCAUCCUCUUCUCUAUCAAUCCCAUCUCAGGCCACUAAGCCCAGCACACUCACUCUUCCAGCUCUCCCCACGACCGCUAAAACGCAUUCCAGUUCCGAUGCACGGUUCAAUAACUCAGAAAACGCAUCAGUGCCUCAAACUUCUCAGCUUCCUAAAGAUAUCACUGUAGCAGUACCUGGGGACGACACAAGUACAAGCCAGACGGAUAGCAGUUUUGAAUCAAGUGGCAUCUUUCCUCCGCGAAUUCUUCAGUUGACAAGCACCGUGUUGACGUCUUCCUGUGAAAGCAUAACCUCUUGCACGGUAACCUCACGCGCGGAUCAGAAUGCAGGUAGUGUCAACCCCACCCUAGGAGCAACACACGCUAAGGAAGGUCACAUAGCUAUCCCCGUCGAUGCCCCGUCGCUCAGUGCCCAAGCUAAGCCGUCUUCUACGUCCCCUUCUUGGUCGACUUCACUUGGCUUCCAAAGCAUCCGUAAACCUGUCGAGCACUGCGUCCCCACCAGUGUUCUCCUCACUCUGGUCCUCCCCUCUCCUCGUGAAGCCAACACCAACCCUCCCCACGGCAGUUCAGCUUCCUUCCUCUGCAUUACCUCUUCUGUCCCCUUCGUCUUACUCCUCCUCCUCCUCUUCCCCCUCCUCCUCCUCCUCCUCCUCCUCCUCCUCCUCCUCUCCUGGAACUAGUGCCCUACCAUCCAGGGUCUUGCCACAAUACAGUGCAUCUGCUCCGUCAUCCAGCAAGGAGCCUUUGAAUCUUGCAAUGAACCACCCGCAGGAGUACUCACCGCGCGGUCACUUGAAGGCGCUCUCCGCGUUCCCUUGCUCCCGCCCGACGCCUUAUCCCCUUCCCCGCCGCCUGUCCCCGCGUCCAUCCCAGCCGUGGCGUCCAUGGUGACCUAACAAGCGGAUGUGUGACCCAGAAUUUACGCAUGACGCUCGGCUGCCUGAUCGUGUGUUGUGAGAGUGGCUUUAGUAGACCAUAUUCUGAAACAUUUCUGCUCCGGAACUCUGCUACAUUUUUAAGGUGCUCUAUUUGAAGCUACGCCUGGUUUUUUAAGGGUGUUUUUAUGGUUCUAGUGACAGAUUAGCAAGAUUUUUAUAUUACUAAAUGGAUAAAGAGCUUUGAGAAUCCGGAUAAUCAUCUUUGUGGAGUUUAAGAAUGUAGUCGGGGUGAGAGAGCAAAGUGUGUCUGAGACUGGUUCUAGUGAUGACUGCCGCCCUCCAUGUUGUUAUGUUGUGUUGUGUCCUCCGGGAGUCACCACGUGUUUUAAUGGUGAGGAGUGUCGAGUAGUGUGUUAACUAGAAGGGCAUGAAAUAAAUGCAGCCAUUUAUCUACUCCGUGAUUGAAAUGUGGAAUUACUCUAUAUACAUUAGGUUUCCUCAUUAACCUGUUUAAUAACACACACACACACACACACACACACACACACACACACACACACACACACUGUCAGAUUUAAAAAUAAAUGAAUAAGUAGGAGAACAAAUCUGAAAUAACAUUAUUACAUCCAUUUCCCCCCUGUUGAUUAUAAAUAAAGCUAUAAAUCGUA